CCCCGCCCCCUCCCUUGCACCCCAGAUGGGGGUGGCCACAAGCCCAGCAUUUUAGGGGGAAGGCUGCCUGAAGGAGCAGGGAGGGGGAUGCUGAGAUAAGUUAUUGGAUGCGGGCAUGGGAGCAUGAGCGCUGGGUGCAGCGACUUCAUGGGUUUGCAUGAAAACCUGGACGCCCUGUGGGUGCAAGAGAAAAAUUCGCACCCUGGGAGAGGGCUUUUGGCCUAGAUCAGGCCUGGUACAUGGCAGGGGCUCAGUAAACAUUUGCGAAAUUAAUAGGGUGAAUGAAAAUAGCUAUUGAAAGUGGGGCAGAGAAUCCUGAGAAUAAUGUAAUUACUUGGGGUGCAAGAGGAUUCUGAUUUAAAAGGGUGAAAGAACAAAAUCAGACUAAAGGAUUGCAGGGAGGGGAUUGAAUUGCAGGGCAUACAUGAGACUAAGCAUUAAAGAGGGGCAUAAAAAUAUUUGUAGGAAUUGGAUAAAUGCACAAAGGUAGGAAUGAUAACUGUUGAACUGGCUGCCAGGAAAAACUGUUGGAUGGAACUAGAUGUUUGUGGAAAGGGAGUGUAGGAAUCGUUGAAGGGAGUAUGAGGGGCUUGAGGAUGCCUAAAACUGAUUUAUGCAUGGGAAAGUAUGCAGAUCCAUGGAACCCAAUGAAAUGCCUGCUGACCACCACUGCCCCUCAGACUCUACCCCAGGGGGUGAGACCAGAGCCCCCCAGGGCACAGAGCUUAUCCCCAGAAGAGCAAUCAGUCGCUCUCCAACUUGCGCCCGCUGCCGCAACCACGGAGUCACUGCUCACCUCAAGGGCCACAAGCGCCUCUGCCUCUUUCAGGCUUGCGAGUGUCACAAAUGUGUCCUCAUCCUGGAGCGCCGAAGGGUCAUGGCUGCCCAGGUGGCCUUGCGCAGGCAGCAGGAGGCGCAGCUAAAGAGGCAUCUGGCUCAGGGACUGAUGAGAAGAGGGACGGCCCCUCCCAAAGCUCCCAGCCGAGUCAAGAAGGGAACCAGUCGACCAGGGGUCCCCUCUGGAAAGGAGAACAUAGCACCUCAGCCUCAGACCCCCCAUGGAGUAGUCCCACUGGCACUGACGCCCCCUGGGAAGGAGAACUCCCGGGGGCCUCUGCUACUCAGCCGUCCCCCAGAAGCCUUGCCUUUGCCCUGGACUCCAGUGCCUCCGGGCCCAUGGGCCCCUGGACACUGGCUGCCUCCAGGCCUUGCCAUGCCACCCCCAGUGGUGUGCCGCUUGCUGUGCCAAGAACCUGCUGUCCCUCUGCAUCCCUUCCCUGGCUUUGACCCUGGCACUUCCCUUCGGCUGCCCUCUCAUGGGCCCUUCACCUCCUGCCCAGGAUCUCGCCCGGUACUGACAGCUCCUCUUUCUGGAGAGCCACAAGGGCCCUCUAGCCUACCCCGCACGUGCUCAACUCUGAUACUUCAGUCCUGUGGUACCUCAGACCCUCUUCUGCUACAGCCACAGGCCACCGGAGCCCCUCGCCUGGCCUGGACAUCUGCUCCCUCAGAGAGGCAGCUGCAGCAGGAGGCAGCUGAGGCCCUUGUGGGCCUGAAAGAUUCAUCCCAGGCUCCCCGCCUGACCCCUUCUGUCCCCCCUAACCCUGCCUGGAUCUCCCUGCUUCACCCUUGUGGCCCACCAGCUCCUGCUGGAGGAAGAGGAUUCCAGCCCGUUGGUCCCUCCCUCCGACCCAGCCCAGCCCCUGCCGUUGCUCUGCAUAUUGGGCGUCUGGGAUCCAUCUCCCUCCUGAGCUAGAAGCCAGAGGUGGAAGCUGCCUGGCUGGGGCAGGGAGGUGACAGCCUGCAGGCACUUUGUAUUUAAUGUUUUACUUAUGGAUUUAUGCAUGGAAUUUAAUGUAGUACAAGCUUUCAGCUCUUUUUUAAAGCUUUCAGGUGCUUCAUUAGCUUUCAGUUCCUUUUGUAAUGUGGGCAUUUCCUUGGCUGAAGGUGGAUAUUCUCGUACUUCUUCUUGGGUCCUGGGACCUUAAGUCUCCAACAAAGAGAGUUGCGCAGUUUAAGCUGACCAGUAUCUAAAUAUGUUUUUCCAUGAGUUCCUGUUCCAGGGCUCCAUGAUUCUCUACAUACCUAUGGACUCAUGUCUGUCUCUGUGCAUAUGAGAACAGGAGAGUAUUUCCAUCCUGUGUCUAGGUGUGUGUGAGUAAGCAAGAAAUAAACCUUUGUUGUUUUAAGCCACUGA